AAGUGUUAAUAGGAAUCCGACUCUAUACAUUUGCUAUUGUGUUUUAUGUGUGUAAUCAGAGAGGAAAGAUAAUUAGGUGCACUCGAAAUCUACAUCUGAUGUGAAGUUGUUAACAGGAAGCCUCUGAUAUCAAAAUAUAUAUUUCCUCUAUAGCGUUUCUCAAAAACGAUUAAGCAGUGGUUUGUCAUUAUUCUUUCUCGUCUCCGCGGAGAAAAUUUCUAGAGAUGUCGGAGAUGGCCAAAUAUUUGAAGAAGCAACGGAUAAGUCUUCAUGAUAUUAUCUUCAAGAACCGGAAAUCGAGUCGAGAGGAGAUUAAGAGGGAAACGCCAGAGGAAAGAGUCGUCGUACAAGUGGUUGCAGAGAAAGGUGCUAUUGGACAACUCUCACUGGGUGAAUCCAGGAAGUGCCCUUCACCUAAACCUGUGCGAUCUCUUGUCCAGGUGCCCAGUUCUGCUCCAGACAACGUCCCUGCGGUCGAUCGGAAUGUAAGGGACGGGAUGCCCGUCUUUGGGCGAACGGUGAAGAGGACUCCCGUAGAUUACGGGAGUUGUGAGAAUAGCUCAGGUUCUGAUAACAACGAGAGACACCGAUACAAGUCAGAUUCGGAUUCUUCCGAUGAGAAUUACAUCAUAUCGAGAUAUUUUAGAAGUAUGGUUCUUUCCGAUGAUGAAGAACCCUCAUCGGGUACAAGACUGGGUGUACCCGUCAUAGAAACAGGGAGCUCACGGUCGUUGUCGGCAAUUCCUUCGAUAGAUAUGCCGAAUGACGCAUCGUUGUCGCGGUCGUGCUACGAGAUCUGUUCAAACAGAAUCCCAGGAACACCGUGCGGGAGUUCAUGUUCGAUCUCGUUCAGGCGCCCGAAUAAAGGAAAAUCGUCGAUGACGUAUUGGUCUAAUGGAGGCAGUGAGGGGGAUAUAACUGAAAUAAUCCCGCUCGGAUCGUCCACCGUGACAAGUAAGACGACAAAUCGAUCAUCGAGGCAGGAGACGCUGUCGCCGUUGAAUCUCAGCCAUUUCGAAACGACCCCGCGCAGUUCUUCAGUCAAGUCCAUCAACAGAGAACCGAGUUCUCUCCACGUCUCUCCGAGCCGUUCACCAAACCUUUCUGGUGAUCCGACGACGUCGCCGUCAUCAGUGAUGUCUGGGGAGACCUUACCGCCUGCUCCCUCGCCAUUCUCCUCCUACCAUAUUGCCAACCAUCGCUCGCUGCGUCCCGGUAGCGCGGUCAUGCUCCCUCACCGGGAAUCAAAUCUACUUCCCCUCCGACCAUCGUCCUCCAAUCCCGCCAUCAACAAGGCCUCGGAAUACCACACCACCCCGUCUCACCCGCUCCGGCCCGUCCAGCUGAGCCCGUUAACGAGAUCGAACCCAAACCUGUGUGUCUACUCGCCGUCCGGAUCUUCAAGGUCGUUGUCGCCAUCGUCUGCCUUUGGGACAUCGACAUCACCUAGGCUUCUGAGUCCCUUACCGAUCCCCAUUCCACCUUCAUCACCCCGUCCAACGUCCCAAUACAGACGCGCACCGCGGGUGAAAAAGACGAAGGCCAAAUUCCAACAGAACUUUGACAACUUGUGAGUUGUGAUAAUAAUACAAAAGCCCAGGGAGGAGGCGCCGUCAAUCCAAGGUGGACGCCAUGUUCUUCCAGAAAAACACUUUAAAAAAUGUUUUCCUGAUCGAGGGGAUGCUAUAGGCAAACAGCCAUGUGAGCACGGUGCGUGAAAAAUAUGUGUAUGUAUUUCACCCUAUUAUGAAAAUACAAUGUUUGAGACAAUAUUUAGGGUGGGGAAACAUGUCAAAGGUAUUUAUUCUGGGUACUCUGAGAUGAAGCAAGGUUACUUGUUUGGUGUUCUUACUUCAAAAUCCAUGGACGUGUAUGGUGUCCGCCUUUUAAUGGCAGUGCCCCUCCUCACCCUCAGAUUAAAUGUUAAUCAUCAUGAUAAUUGUGGUGUUAAGUUUGAGUCGAAGAAACAUUGGAUUUGAGUUCCUUUGUAAUAAUGGUAAUUGAUUUGCAGGAACUUGAAAGGUGUAUUGUCAAUAUGGAGUCCUUUGGAAAUCAGUUGACAGCUAGUAACCAUGGAAACGAAAUUAUCAUCAUAUAUUUUAAGAGUUCCUGGUCAAUCAAUCAAUAUUUGUAUCAAAUACUCUCAAACGUUAUAGCUAUCAUUGAGUAACUUGAAACCUGGGUCCCGUCUUACGAAGAGUUCAAAUUCAACUUUAUGGAAAUUCAUCCGUGUCAUAACCUUUAAAUAUGCACAAUGUCCUUUGUUUAAUAACAAAGAGGUGCACACUAAAUUGUCAAUACAACGAUGAAUGUUUGAGUGUAAGUCAUAUCUAUGAAAGACUUUGAACAAACAUGCAUUUAAGAUGUUGUGAUUGGUGGGAUCAAUCACAACUCUUUGUAAUACGGGGCCAGGGGGCCGUUUCAUAAAGCUGUUCGUAAGCUAAGGGCGACUUUAAGAAGGACUGGUGAACCCUUCUUACGCGCUAA